AGGCAUCCUUAUAGGGCAAAGCUACUUCCUUGCCAUUGGCUGAGCGGAUCUUCCCAGGCCUCGCCCAUUGGCUCCCCGGCUCCUUUCGUCCCACCCCUUCUUUCCUCCCUGCGGGGAAACCAGCCACAAAAGUUUUUCAAAGUUUGCCAAGAGGAGCCGAGCCGGGCCCCCAACAUCUCCUGCGCCACCACAGUCAAAGGGGGGGUGGGGAAUCGAACCCCACACCUGGAGCAAAAAUCAAGGUGCCCUCUGGAGUCAGCUUCCAUCGGAUCAGGCAGCCGUGCUCUUGAGUCCAUCAUCCCCAGGAGGACGAACUAGGUCAUGAGCAGCCAUGGCUGACCAUUCAGACUCGCGGGAGUCCGAGAACAACAGCUGGGUGAUUGCCGGCUCCGAGGCCUUACCUGUGGAGGAUCUCGGCGUAGGAGCAUCAGAGGGACCCCACGGGGAGGAUGAGCCGUUGAAAGAAAGCACCCAGGCCUUCUUGGGUGAACCUGAGUGUCGCGUCGAGACUCCAGAUCCAGAGGAGACCAAAUCGAAGGGCCCUGGGGUGGAAUUAGAUGUCCCCACCGAGCAGACCCCGAGCCCGGCUGAAGCUCCGGAGCCCCCAUCGAAGGAGCCCCAUGGCCAGGAUGGGGAGCAACAAGCUGUACCCGCUCCGCAGGGCCCGAUCGUGAUCCAGAAACUCGGCCCGGAAGGGGAACACACGGCAAUCUCCAGCCACGGAGAAGAUGUAGCGGACGUGGAAGAACGGGACGUGGAAGGCCUGCGCCGUCGUAAAGGCCGAGACGUGGCCCCCGCCGGGCCGGGGGCUACCCGGAACCGAGAGGAAGGGACCCUCGGGGACGAAGACGGAGAGAGAACCAAAUGGAUCUUCGGUCUUCUAGUCCUCAUGGGUUUAGGCUUGCUGGUGGCCGUAGGGGUCAUCUUAGACACCGACGAUGAGGUCCCGGCGGACGUUUCAAGCCCUUGGCCAAAAGCGGAGGGUGAUGAACUCUACCCUGCCACCGAUGGGAGGCACUGGCCGGCACCCCCUCCACCUGAGCCCUCCGGAGAUGCCGGCCCGCAGCGGGCCAAAGAAGACGCCCAGUUACCGACGGAUGCGGCCAAAGGCCCCCAGAGCCUUGAUGCCAUGGGGCUCCUCUUAGACAAGCUGGCCAAGGAGAACCAGGACAUCCGGCUGAUGCAGGCGGCACUGCAGGCCCAGAAAGAGGAGCUGCAGGCUCUCCUGCGCAAGACGGAAGGCGAGGCGAUGGAGUUCACCUCCCAGCAGCAGGCGCUGGCGGCCGAGAAUGCCCGACUGGUGGAAGCGCUACGGCGGGAGACGGCGUCUCUGACAGCUGCUCAGGCUGAGCUCCGACGUCUGCAGGACAAGCUGAAGCAUCCUAGGGACGCUGGGACGGACGCUGAACCGCCCCCGGACCGCCCCUGGCCUAAGCCAGAGAGCCAGGAGGCUGAAAUCCGCCGGCUGCGCGCUGUGUUGGCCUCGGUCGUCCAGGACGUGGCCAGAGCCUCCCAGAAAGUCCCACCGGGCGAAGGAGCCGAGGGUCUCCGGGCGGAGCUGAGCGGCGUGGGGCAAAGGCUGGCUCAGGUGGUGGAGGGCGAAGAGGAGGGCCCCAAACCGCCAUGGAGGGACGGCACAAAAAGGAAAAAGGAGAAGGCCUGGCCGCAGAGAUCCGGCGGCCCGGAAGGGUAUCGCCAUGAGCCCCCCGAAAGACACAAAAUGCACAAGAGGAUGAGCGAGGAGCCUCGGCGCCCCAAAAAAUAUCACAGCGAGAGAGAGACCAAACCGGUCAAGGACUGGGAGCCUCCGCGCGGCGUCCGGAAGGUGAAGAAACCCACGGAGCCCAGCACGCUGUGGGAGACGUUGGCCAAGCAUCCCUACCGGGCCCCCCAGGGCUGUGUCGGGGUCAUGGAGUGCGCCCAGCGGGAAGGGCUGGCGCCGGUCGAGAAAGCUGCCUUCCUGAGGCUGGUCCAGAGCUACCUGUCCGAGCUGGGCUGGGCGGAGCACUACGGGGGCCUGGCGGAGGCCCUGAGCGGCUUUUUCGGGAGCAACGGGGCGUUCGCCCACGACCGCGUCAGCUUCGUGGAUUUUCUGGACGAGGUCGAGGACGCCCUGGAGGAGCUGGCGAGGUCCCUGGGGCGCAGCCGGGAAGAUCCGGACGAUUUCGAAGAGGUGAUCUUGAAGCAGGUGGGGGCCAGAUUUCCUCACCGAGACGGCAGCCGGCAGCACGCCAAGGAGCUGAAAAGUGAGGGAUUUGGGCCCAAGAAUGGCAGAGCGAACCGGGUCCGGGGCUAAGAUGGGGGGGGGACCGGAUGGGGGUACCCCUGGGGUACCAAGAGGGACGGAGCAAACCCCAUUCACAUCCCGAGAGACCGAGGGGUAUUCUUUAGCGGAUCGAGUAGCGUAAUUGCGACACACAGAGACCUUCCUGGAAGAUCGUCUUGCGUUAAAUCCAUUUUUCUUCCACGUCCGCUCCUGUACCCCAAACCCGGUACUUUAAGAGUGUGAAGCUCGGUAGCAGCCAUCGGAGAGCACCCGAUGGGUGGCUUCCACCACAGAUGCCAAGCCUGUGGCCUUCUGGAGCAUCCCAGACUCUAGCUCCCAUCAGCCCCAGGCCUCUUACGUGGGGAUGAUGGGAGUUGUAGGUUGUGCAUUUUUUGUGUUGUUUGCUUUUUUUUUUAAUGGUGUCUGGUUUCCUUGCGGGAGAAAUGUCCUGAAACCUUGCAGGAGGCUGAUUUUUUUCGUCUUGCAUCAGAUGUGAAAGGGGCUGUCUGAAAAUCCAUGAAAUAUGAGUUUUUCCGCCUCAGCGGCCUGGUUUGACACGGUGGAAAAAAAGCCUUCUGUGUUUGUUGAACGGCACAAGAUUAUAUUGACCGUCACGACGAUUAGAGAAUGGCAAAA